UCAGUCCUUUGUCAGAUGUUACAAAAUUCAAAAACUAGAAAAUAAAAAUUAACGGAAUGUUUCGCUCUUUAUCCGAACUAAUCUUCAAUACAUCUGAAAUCGAGACCAAUCUUUUUGGAAUGGCCGACGAUGUAUACAAUACAAUCGAGAUCUUUGAAAAGGCAGCGAGAUUCGAGACCAAGAUCGCUAGACCUUAUAAAAUGAUAUCAAGCAUUCUCGACUGUUUGGUGUUCAUGGUGGUGGCUCUAAUGAUGGUCGGUUUCAUCAUGUACGAUCGCAUUGUGGUGUUUAGAGAAUUGGCUAGCACCGGUAGACCAAAAACCCAAAGGGUUGCUGUGAGGUCAAAUAGGAGACGGAAGCCAAGAAGAGCUUUCGAUUCUUCGCUUUCAGAAAAAGAAAAUGAAAAUACUGUGGUACCAGCAGAAGAGGACGAUAACAGCAUUGGAUGUUCCGGAAAUGAAACGGAUGGCGAGGACAAUAGCACUCUUCGACCUCAGGACGAUGGACAACAUAAGGAAUACGCAAUGGUUGGAACUCCUAAAUGGGCCUUGAACUGGCUGAUCACCUUAAGAAAUAAAAGUUUCGGAUCGUAUUACGAUGGCUUGUUCCGGUAGAUUCAAAAAACCCGUCACACUUUGUAAAUCUGUCCAGUAGUUUUCUCAAACGGAUCUUUAAAGUUUUGCGGUUAGCCAUUUAAAUUGCUUAUUGGACGGAUUCAAGUACCACAAAGUGCCUUAUUAUACCAGAUAUUUAUAUGAACAUCCAAUAAGUACGUGUUCAUGACUCAUUCAAUUACGAAUGCAUUUCACUUAUAUCGCAAUAAAGAACAACUUACU